UGAUCAAUUUUUGUACAAUUUCUCUAUAAAGUCUUUGCGGCCUAGGAGAGUUAAAAUAAUCGUCUUAGAAACGUUAGAUCUAUAAAUUUGUUUAUCGUAAUCAAUCCAUCUAUAAUUGGUCGUAAAAAUUUCAAAAGUCUUCUCGAACUUAAGUUAUUUACGACAGUUAUGCCAAUGGAGAUAAACAAUUUUUGCCUCGCACUGAAAGUGUGACUGCAUGAAAUUUCAUUCGAUAUCGGUUAGUGAAGACUGAACGAUGUGGCUGAAAUUGUUGUUGUCGGUACUGUGUUUUGCAAGCUUGGCGCAUAGUCAAGAAGGUGAUGAUUUUCUUUACGGAAAUUUUCCAGAUGAUUUUAUGUGGGGAUUCGCAACUGCUGCAUACCAAAUUGAAGGUGGAUGGGAUGCAGAUGAUAAAGGACGAAACUCUUGGGAUUUUUAUUCUCAUCAAAAUAACGGAGCAAAUAUUGAUGACGGGAAAAAUGGGGAUAUCGCCUGCGAUUCAUACCACAAGUACUCCGAAGACGUUAAGCUACUAAAAGAGAUAGGAGCUAAGUCAUACCGCUUCUCAUUAUCCUGGUCUCGAAUUAUUCCCACGGGGAAAAUAGCAAACGGAAUUAGUUUUGCUGGGCUCGAUUACUACAACAAAUUAAUCGACGCCCUGUUGGCGGAAGGUAUCGUUCCGUUUGUCACUCUGUUUCACUGGGAUACACCCAUGGGCAUUCAAGACGAUGGUGGUUGGUUGCAUGACGAUAUAGUGGAUCAUUUUGCCGAUUAUGCCAAAGUCGCUUUCUCCGCGUUCGGAGAUCGAGUAAAAUUUUGGAUGUCGUUUAACGAGCCGCAGAUUUUUUGUAAUGCCAAAUGGAACUAUGGGGCUAGUCGUGACACUAACCCCUUCGAAGAACCGCCAGUUAAGCCGUAUAUCUGCAGUCACAAUGUAGUUAAGGCGCACGCAAAGGCUUGGAGAAUCUAUGACGAAAUGUUUCGGUCAUUACAAAAUGGACAAAUGGGAAUAGCUUUGAAUUGUGACUGGUAUGAGCCAAAAGAUAGAAGUGAUCCAGAACACAUCGCUGCAAUGGAAAGGGCAUUGCACUUUAAAUUUGGAUGGUGGGCUCAUCCAUUGACUUCCGGAAAAUAUCCCCCAGUUAUGAGAGAACUCGUUGACGCUAAAAGUAACGUAAACGAAUCUAGGCUACCAAUUUUUGAUGAGGAAUGGACAGAAAUUAUAAAUGGAACUGUGGAUUUUCUGGGAUUAAAUCACUAUGGAACACAAUAUGUAUUGCCUUCAGAUGGUAGUAAUGGUGGUACAAAUGGUGAUGCAAACAUUAGAACAGAAGGCGAUCCAGCUUGGAAUAAGUCUGGAAUCGGUUGGAAUGUGGUUCCUUACGGUUUCAGAAAUAUUUUAACGUGGAUUCAUGAGGAAUACAAACUUCCGAUUUAUGUCACUGAAAACGGUUACGGAGAUUUAGAAUCGGUGGGACUCGAUGAUCCUGGUCGACAAAACUACUACAGAGGUUAUAUCAACGAAAUGCUAAAAUCGAUUAAGUUUGAUCACGCCGAUGUUAGAGGGUACACAGCGUGGACACUUCUUGACAAUUUUGAGUGGGAAAAAGGCUACACCGUACGAUUCGGUGUUCAUUAUGUCGAUUUUAACAACCCAGAUAGGCCGCGAACUCCCAAAGGAUCGGCGAAACAAUUAGCGAAAAUAUUUGCGGAUAAUGGAUUCCGUAAAGAAGAUAACGAAUUUCUUUAUGGUCGAUUCCCCGAUGGAUUUGUUUGGGGCUUAGCAACGUCUGCAUACCAAAUUGAAGGAGGAUGGGAUGCCGGGGAUAAGGGUGAGAAUAGUUGGGAUUUCUGGACCCAUCAAAAUGAUGGAGCAAACAUUGCGGAUUCAAAAAAUGGUGACAUUGCUUGUGACUCAUACCAUAAAUACCUCGAAGACGUUAAAUUACUAAAAGACAUGGGCGCGAAUUUCUACCGUUUUUCAUUAUCCUGGUCACGCCUCAUUCCCACUGGCAAAAUAGCAAACGGCGUUAGUUUUGCAGGUCUAGAUUACUACAACAAAUUAAUCGACGCCUUAUUGGCAGAAGGAAUUUCUCCAUUUAUAACACUGUAUCACUGGGACACACCAAUGGGUAUUCAGAACGAUGGGGGUUGGCUACACGAUGAUAUAGUGGAUCAUUUUGCCGAUUAUGCCAGAGUCGCUUUCGCCGCGUUCGGAGAUCGAGUGAAACUGUGGCUUACGUUUAACGAACCAUACCUAUUCUGUUUGAAUAACUGGAACUAUGGAGAAACAUCUCCAUUCCAAGAACCGCCAGUUAAACCGUACAUCUGCAGUCACAAUGUAAUUAAGGCACACGCGAAGGCUUGGAGAAUUUACGACGAAGAAUUCAGAGCAACGCAAAAUGGUCAAAUGGGAAUAACGUUGCUUUGCAAUUGGCCCGAGCCGAAAGAUAGAAGUGAUCCCGAACACAUCGCUGCAAUGGAAAGGGCAUUGCACUUCAAGUUUGGAUGGUGGGCUCAUCCAUUGACAACAGGAGAAUAUCCACCAAUAAUGAGGGAGUUGAUUGAUGCUAAAAGUAACGGAAGUGAAUCGAGAUUACCGACUUUUGAUGCCGAAUGGACGGAAAUUAUUAACGGAACUCUUGAUUUCAUCGGGUUGAAUACUUAUAACUCUUAUUACGUCCUACCUUCUGAUAACAACCGUUGGGUCGAUGGUGAUGCAAAUAUUCGUACCGAAAAUGAUCCAGCGUGGAACAGAUCCGGAGUCGGCUGGCCGGUCGUACCUUACGGCUUCCGAAAUAUUCUAACGUGGAUCCAUGAAGAAUACAGACUUCCUAUUUAUGUCACGGAAAACGGUUACGGAUCGCUUGAAUCGGAAGGACUCGACGAUGUUGACAGACAAAACUAUUACAGAGCCUACAUCAAUGAAAUGCUUAAGUCGAUUGUACAUGACAAGGCUGAUGUAAGAGGUUAUACGGCUUGGAGCUUAAUGGACAAUUUCGAGUGGAUGGUGGGAUACACGGCAAGAUUUGGUGUGAACUACGUUGAUUUUAAUGAUCCAGAACGACCGAGAACGCCAAAAGGAUCGGCCAUUCUACUGAAACAAUUAUUUGCAGAUCAUGGCUUUUACGAACCGAUUCAAAGUACAAGCAGCCCUGAAACAACUGAAAUUGCUUCAACCACAUCUACCACUGAAAGAACGACAACAAUCUCAUCAUCUGCAAUAAACAUUCGAAAUAGUUUUUACGGAAUUUCGUUGUGGUGGUGCUUGACAUGUUUGAUGUGGUAUUUGAAAUAAAAUCUGGUUUUGAGUUGAAGUGGGU